AUGGGCCAACCGCCCGUAUCAAAAUGUUUGAAAGAGCCACCUAAACUUCAAAUACCACCAGAACGAGAACGGAACUUCAGAAGAAAACCAGGGUUUGAUUACCUCUUAGUAACCAUUGAAUUUCAAAAAGGAAAGAAAUUUGGUCUUGGGAUGGUCGAUACGGAAAAUCGGGUCCUAAUAAAUAAAGUGGACGAUGAUUCGAUGUGUAGUGAAUGUUUGAAGACAUUCGAUCGAAUCUGCGAUGUUGAAGGGAUACCAGUGACUGACAAAGAAUUUUGCAAGAAACAAAUUGUUAAAGGACUAAAGAAAGAUCAGAAAGUCUCUUUAGCAAUCGAAAGACCAGUAACCAAAGAAAGAGUGACUCAGGUUGAGCACUUGUUAAAGAUGAUGUCUCAACAGCCACCAUCAGUAAUUCUUGAGGUCGAUGUGAGGGACAUUAUAGCCCGAUAUAGUAGACGUUUAACAAAAGGACAAAUUGGCCCGGAGCAUAAGGCCCUAAAAGGGAAAGAGGACCGGCCGAAGCCGGCAGCGAAGGUCUCGUUAGAUGCGAAUCAACCUGAAGUGGUCUCAAUUGGAAUGGAUAGGGAACACCUACAGGAAGAUCUCGAAAAAGUUCCUGUAAAAACGUACGAAAAUUCGUUAGCACGUCUACAGAACCAAGGAAGUGAUGGAAAGAACGGACAAUCGAUCACCACAAUGAUACAACCAGAGGCGUCGAAAGACCAACCAAAACAAGAUACUAACCCUCCACCACCUCAACUAGUCAAUAUUAUCGCACCACCAGCUCAGAGCCCUCGGCCUGAACCCGAAAAGAAGUAG